UGAGGGAGAUCGAAGUUGGCCCCAUCAAAGCGGCUAAUCCUUCACCCUCUCGCUAGGGGACCUGCCGUCCGCGGGAAAGCUCGAUUCAGAACAGUUGUGUCUUCACGGGGUGGUAGCCAUCGCGCAGUGUGCGUCUGCUUGAUCUUGCUUUCGUCAGUCUGCUUCCUGCGCCCUUCCCUUGCCCGCCGUAAACUUUCCUCCCCCCGCCGUCGAUUCUCCUCCUCCCGCCGUCGAUUCUCAUCCCGCCGUCCCUUUGGUUUCUUCGCUGGCCCCCCCUCGCCUCCGCGCCUCCUCUGCGCUCGUCCUCCCGCCGUCAAUCGUCCUCCCGCCGUCAACCGUCCUCCCGCCGUCAAUCGUCCUCCCGCCGUCAAUCGUCCUCCCGCCGUCAAUCGUCCUCCCGCCGUCAAUCGUCCUCCCGCCGUCAAUCGUCCUCCCGCCUUCAAUCGUCCUCCCGCCGUCAAUCGUCCUCCUCCGCCCGCCUCGCCAUUCACCUCGCCGCGUCGCUAGACCAUCACUUACGACUCUCACCCCGUCUCUGCUUCUGCGGCAUGGACCCCACGACUCAGAACACGCCACGUGGCGUGGACCAACAGUACCUCCAUAACGACAGUGUAACCAUUCGCCAGCGACUUCGCGAGCUGAAAAAUCGCCUCAAAUGUCGCGCGCAGGGGCUGUACGACGGCGUCGCAGCCACUCAAGGCCAGCGAUGCGCGGCUGGUUACCACCACGGUUACGGGUCUGGUUACCACUACGGCUCCCUGCAAGCGUCGGUGGGGGCGGGCGGCGGGCGCAAGGGCGCGAUGGUGACGGCGGCUGCGGCGGCGACGUCGUCGCUGGCGGCGGUGCGCGUGUUCAAAGGGAACAGCGUGCUCGCACAAUUCAAGGCGCGAUUUAAGGCGCGAUUCACGGAGGCAACGGCGGGACUCGUGGCUGACACGCGGCAACCCGAGCUGCGGUUGGAGGGCAGCGGACCCAUGCAUACUGCCACGCUGGCUGCUGCUGACGUGUCAUGCCGCGAGGGUGACAACGAAGCGGCGUCAAUAGAUCUGUCGGAGCGAUCAGGCGGUGUGGGCAGAGAAGCAGGGAUGGAGGCGAGGGGGCGGGGCGAGGGCGGAGAGUUGCAGUGGGUGGGCGGGGCGGGUGGGGCAGAUGGGAGGAGGCAGGCGGUGGUGGGGAUGGGCGGAGCAGGGGAGGAGGAGCAGCAGAGUGUGGGGGUGAGCAUGGCGCAGUCAGUGCUGCUGCCGGUGCUGGGCACCGUGGCGCACGCCUUCAUGCACGGCCUCAACUCCACCAAGGUCAUCAACGCGCACAAGCUCACGGAUGCCAUCGCCAACCGCCCCCCGGGCACGCCACUCCUCACGGUGUCGAACCACGUGGCAGCGAUGGACGACCCGCUGGUCAUGGCAGCAGUGGUGCCGCCGUCCCUCAUGCUCGCCCAUGCCUCCGCCCUGCGCUGGACCCUCUGUGCGUCGGACCGCUGCUUCUCCUCGCCGCUGCUCGCCGCCUUCUUCACGUCGCUGCGCACGCUGCCCGUGGAGAGGGGCGGGGGCAUCCAGCAGCCGGGCAUGCUGGCGGCAGCGCGGAGGCUGAGCGAGGGCGGGUGGGUGCACAUCUUCCCCGAGGGCACGCGCUCCCAUGAUGGCGGCCGCACCAUACGGCCCAUGCGACGAGGCGUGGCGUGGCUGGCCUCUCAGUGCGCCCAACAGCCGCUCAUCAUCCCCUUGGUGCACGUCGGCAUGCACCGCGUGCAAGCUAGAGGACAAGCGCUGCCGGCCACAGGCCAACGGGUGGCAGUGGUGGUGGGCGAUCCCAUCGACAUUUCGGAUCUGCUCCACGCCUAUGGCCAUCAGCACCAGGGGCAGCAGCACCGCCACCACCACCACAGCCAGCACCACAGCCAGCACCACAGCCAGCACCACAGCCAGCACCACAGCCAGCAUGCGCAGCACGAGCAACGUGCCAUCUCCCACACCCUUUCUGACCGGCCCGGCGCCCAUCCCCACUCCUCUCACCCUUCAUCCGCCCCCCCAGCCGCCCUGCUGGACGCCAUCUGUGGGCGCAUCGGGGGCGAGCUGCAGCGACUGCAGGCGCAGCUGCUGGUGCAGGAGAGGCCGUUCCUCGAGGGGGAUGCGCCCCUGGAGGGGCUUCCGCUGGUGGAGGGGGCUUUGCCCGUGGAGGGACGUGUGCCUUCCGUGCAGAUGGCAGAGGCCAUGGGUGCGGCAGAGGCAGGAAUGGGUGACGGCAGCAGUGGCACUGGCAUGAGGCGUGCUGACGUUGCGGCGUCCACUCAAGUUGCAGUGGAGGGCGGACAGGAGGGUGCUGGGCUCCAUGGCAACCACCUGCAGCAGCAGCAGCCGUUGGGCCCACUUGAGAGCGGCAUUCCGCACUGGCAGCACCCACUCUCCCCGCAACCAAGCAGCUGGAUGGAGCCCCACAGGUGGCACCCCCUCGCGCUCACCUCCCACACACCCCGCGGCAGCUUUGGUGGCAGCAGCAGCAGGCGCCAUGCAGUAGGGCUGUCACGGUGGGCAGCAGCAGCAGGGGAGGCGGUGGAGAGGCAGCAGGGGGCUGAGCGGCUGGCGGCGCUGUUUGGGUUCGCUGCUCGCUGCACCGUGGAUGGCGGGCAGAAGAGGCACAGGGAGGCAGCCAUGAUGUGAGCUGGUCAUGGGUCCAUGGCGGCGGCGGCAGCAGCAGCAGCAGCAGCAGAAGCAGGGCUGAAGCUGCUGGUCGCAAUGGGAAGCAGCAGCAGCAGCAUGGGAUUGCUGCUCUGUGUGCUGUGGGUGGGCAGCAGUGGAGACAGACAACACGGAGACCGCAACCCACAAUGCUGGGAGUGCCAAGUGGUGGGAGAUACAAAUCUGUCGGGAGCACAGCAGGGGUGUAGCAAGCAUGAGUACCGUAUGUUGCUGGUGCGCCUGUCUGUACAGGUGGUGUGCGUGCGCAGGUCCAGUGCGGCCAGACAGGCCAAUCCCUCUGGCAUUCGUGUUGCUUUCUUGGUUACGGUAAGUCCAAACGCGGGUGCUGCGAUGCCAUCAAGUCGCAUCUCUCGUGCGUCCGUAUGGCGCCUUGCGUGCGCUCUCUUCCUUGCCAUCCCCACAAGCCCUCUACAUGUGCAGCCGUGCAUGUACAGGCUUGAUUUUUGUAGAAUGGAGUAACCAACAUCAUUGAAUGUAAAACGGGGCACCUGAUUAUGCACAUUGACG